AUGAAAGAAAAUCUUUUUUUGGGAAAUAUUAUUGAUAAUCAUGGCGAGCAGAACUCGGUUGAUUAUUUUCUUGCUGUUCAACCGUUUGCACAUGUUUUGAAUGGAACUUCAGAUCAAAUACACAAAGAGGAUUAUUAUGACUCGUGAGUUUCCGGUAAUUAGAAAGAAAAUCUGAAUUGUAUAAUUUUUAGCAAAAUAUGUCAGAUUCAAGAUUGGAAUCAAAUUGAAACUAAUAUUAUCCCAAAUCAACUUUAUCACAAUUUAUUAAUGAAUAUCAGUGUUGAGAAAAAAGAUAUAUUGUUUAACAAAACACCAAGUCCUUUUUCAGCUUUUGCAUAUUCUGAUCAUAUUGUUGUUACAUUAACAUCCGAAAGAAAUUAUUCGUAA